UGAAUUUGUUGUCUUCCAGGUCUCCAGAGUUCUCGGAGUAACCCCUCCAUCCAAGCCACGCUCAAUAAGACUGUGCUUUCCUCUUCCCUAAAUAACCACCCACAGACAUCUGUUCCCAAUGCAUCUGCUCUUCACCCUUCGCUCCGUCUAUUUUCCCUUAGCAACCCAUCUCUUUCCACCACAAACCUCAGUGGCCCGUCUCGGCGUCGGCAGCCUCCCGUCAGCCCUCUCACGCUUUCUCCUGGCCCCGAAGCACAUCAAGGUUUCAGCAGACAGCUGUCUUCAACCAGCCCACUGGCCCCAUAUCCUACCUCCCAGAUGGUGUCCUCAGACCGAAGCCACCUUUCCUUCCUGCCCACAGAAGCUCAAGCCCAGGUGUCCCCGCCACCCCCUUACCCUGCGCCCCAGGAGCUCACCCAGCCCCUCCUGCAGCAGUCCCGCACCCCUGAGGCCCCUGCCCAGCAGCCCCAGGCAGCCUCCUCACUGCCACAGUCAGACUUUCAGCUUCUCCCAGCCCAGGGCUCAUCUUUGACCAACUUCUUCCCAGAUGUGGGUUUUGACCAGCAGUCCAUGAGGCCAGGCCCUGCCUUUCCUCAACAGGUGCCUCUGGUGCAACAAGGUUCCCGAGAACUGCAGGAUUCUUUUCAUUUGAGACCAAGCCCAUAUUCCAACUGCGGGAGUUUCCCAAACACCAUCCUGACAGAAGACUCCAGCACCAACCUGUUCAAAGACCUCAACAGUGCGCUGGCAGGCCUGCCGGAGGUCAGCCUGAACGUGGACACUCCAUUUCCACUGGAAGAGGAGCUACAGAUUGAACCCCUGAGCCUGGACGGACUCAACAUGUUAAGUGACUCCAGCAUGGGCCUGCUGGACCCCUCUGUUGAAGAGACGUUUCGAGCUGACAGACUGUGAACAGAAGGCGGUGGAACAGAAGAAUGUUUUUCUGCAACAGCCAAAAUAGAAUGGAAUAGAAUGGAGCCAGCUGACUGCUGGCUUUCGUUAUCUUGACAUAGAAGGAACCAAUGCCACGGCUCCAGGCUUUCAGAUGAGGUCCCAUCUCAGACACUGUGGCAUCCUCCAGAUCACACAGCUAUGUACUGCCUCUCCAGCCUGUGGCCAAAGUCAUGUUGCAGCAGGCAGGCUGCUUGGAGCUUCCCAUGAACUGGAAAGUUCACCUCCAUUGCAUCUUUUUCUUGGCCUUCCAGUCCAUCGACGUGUAAGAGUAGGAAAUAUCAUGUCACUGGAGGCCUCCGUGGCAUUGUGUAGUGCUCAGAACCACUGAUCUCCGGCUGCACCGAAGGCGAGUCCGGAGUGGGAGGCUCAGCCUGGAGUGGUGGCCCAGAGAGGGCACCUCGAUGCCUGCUCUGACCUGACCCAGAGGGCAAGGCCCUCCAGCAGGGGACAUUCCCAGGCUGAGCGGACCCCACGGCUCUCUGCCAUGCCUGAUUUACGACAUGAAGAAGUUUUUGCCACAAGUCCGAAAGCAGGCUUGAGUUAGGCAAACUGAAGGCUAAUUUUCAUUUUCUCCCAGUUGGUUUCUGCUGCUUCAGAGAAGUACACCUUUUCCUUAUGGACGAGAGGAAGAGGAAGACCAUUUUAUCAGUCACUGAAAAGAGUCCCCUGGCACUGAUGAGCCUGAAGAGAACUAUGCCCCUUCUUGGGGAGUGGGGAAGGAAGUCAGGGACCGCAGCUAUCUCACACUCAGUGGCCUCCAGACAAACUCCGGACAAGCACAGACCUCCCCACUAAGAGCAGCUGGAGGAGCUGUGGCUCUGUGGGCUGGGAGUUUAAUGUCACCCCCCGAGACCAUAAGCUCCUUGAGGGCGGGGACAGUGCCUUAUUCAUUGUUGAACCCAUAGCACCUAACACGUGCGUGGCAGCACACUCGUGUGCUCAAGUGAGUGCUGCAGAACAGCGUGUGCAGUGCAGGAUGAAUGACUGCGUCCGCCAUGCUGUAAGGCAGGCUCAUCUCUAGCUAUCCCCCUUCCCUGCCAAAUCUUCUCAGAGCUUUAGCUUUUCUAGCACUCGUGCCUAUGGUGAAGCAUGCACUUUAAUAUGCUUUUAACACUAGGUGACCAAAUCACAGUGAAGCCGGGCACUGCGUUCUCCUUGGGCUGUGCUCCAUGCGGGUGGGUGGGAGCUGUCUUCUGAGUACAUCCGAAAGGGCUGAGCAGGUGAGGGCCCUGAGGGACCCUGUCUGGGCCCCACCCAGGAAGAUCCUCCCUCUCAGAUCCAUGUUUGGCUCUAAAUUGCUUCAAGUAGAGAUUCAUUCUUUAAGGUUGAAAAAAUAGUUUAUAGUAAAACGAAGGCCUAAUUCAUGGAACCAUCAUUAGUCAUUAAUACCCUCUCAUAAAAUAGAUGGACCAGAUUUCAACCACCGCCUGCCUCCUCUAACUUAGGUGAAGCCAGUAGGUUUGAAGGGGGCAGAGCACUGCAGGGGAGGGAUCUAGGCUGUGAGAGGACAGGGUAGAGAGGAGGAGAACCCUGAAGGAGAGACGAAAGAUGCCAGGAUUUUUGCUUGGACAGCCAUUGCCCUUCCAGGAGACCCUGGAGUGUAUUGAGGGUCGCUGGACGGCUCCACCCAGAGGAGCAAGGCUGUACAAUGAGGGUCUGAAUCUGGCACACCUGUCCCUUAUGUAAAAGGAGCCAUCGUCACAAGAGCCUGGGCUGGUUAGCCUCUCCAGACCUCAUUCCAUUUCUAUCUUCUGACCUUGCCUCUAAUCUUUAAAAUAACCCUCAUGGGGUGCCCCUCCACCUUCCUCUGGAAUCUGUUUCACAUUUGCCCCAAAUCUUUGCUGUGGAAUUGGGAAAUCAAACCAGAGUUCUCCUCGCCUGAUUUCCAGCUCAGGAAGGGCCUGCUGGCCUGCCCUUGCCAGCCCUGUUCCCAGUUACACUUUCAGAUCCCUUUGUGCUCGAGACCUCAGAGGGGAGACUUUUUGUUAAAGAGCCUUUAGUGGCAAUGCUACCCAGCUCCCCAGUGUGCCAAAAAAAGCCAGCUCCUGUGUCAAAGGGCUCCCAAACCUGAUCUCACUCCCAACAGGGGAUGGUGCUGAUAUUAUAAGAGUUGUGUUUUUAUAAAACAGUUCUCAGCAUAGUCCACUUUUCACAUAGUGCCUUACCCGUGGGUAUCAUCAUAUCAGGGUCCCAGUUCAAUUUGUCUGCACAGCAGCCACCCUGCCUGGCAACAGGAGACCCCAAGACCUACACAGUGAACCCCACUGCCCCACAGGGGUUCUCCAGGUGACUUGUGAAAACAGGCCUCCAAGGGAAGGGAUUUAUUUGGGGGCGUAUAGUAGGGGCAAUAUGGUUUAGCACUGAAUUCAGUUUGUCCUUAGGUCUACGAGUGCAGUCUUUUCUUGUGAAAGGUUUUGGGCGUUGUACAACCCACUCUGCCUAGAAGGUGUGGAGGACUCCCCACGGGCAGGGUCGCCCUGGCCCGCAGCACGUGAGCCUGCACUCACUGUGGCCUUUGUAACAAAACCAGGUGUGGUCCUCAGCAUUUGAAGCAGCUGCAUACUUCAUAGUAAACUAUUUUUCAAUAUUUAGUGUUGUCACAAGAAAUCGAUCAUUGUACUACUCUCACUUAUAGCAGUUAAACAGCAUAGAACUAAAAACCUGUCUGCAUUUCCAUUUUUUCUUUCUGUAUGGUUGUGGGUUUUAGGACAUAGAGCGUUAGAAGGGUUUCUUGAUCAUGUCAUGAAUUCUCCUUUGUCCUGUUUCUCCUGUUUCAUUUCUUCUGUAUAUUACCUGAGCUGUAUAUUACCUGAGCUGAUGUUGUAUCUUCAAGUCCAUAUGCGUAUUUGCAGACCUUUCCCAUUCCCACUCUUGUUGGCUCUUCUGAUUUAUGCACAGAUGGUUCCCAGCAUGUGUCCAGUGUUUCAUGGAUGGGACCAUCCCAGCAACUAAUCAGACUUCCUGCCAGUGUCCUGACCCCCAGGGCACCCUGUUCAACCAUAUUUAAAGAUUGGAAUUUGUAUAAAGUUGCUUCCAAGUUUUAUAAUGCAUCAUUUUACAUCUUUCGUAAUUAAAAGCAGCACAAUGAGGUUGUCUCUGCA